CCUUGGCAGCAUGAGCUUCCAACCUACCCGACCGUUGCGUUGCCCUCCCAAAACCAAACCAAAUCAAAUCACAUUCACACCAUUCCACUUCCCCCCUUUCUCCCUCCCGACCGUUGCAAAUUCCUCCCUCCACUAAAACCCAAAUCCCCCACUUCCCCCACCACCGCGCCUCUCCGCCAUGGUGUCGAGGACGCCCACGAAGCAGCCGCUGUCCCCGCUGCCGAGGGCGGCCAGCGGCAGCCCCACCAAGCCGACGCCCUCGCCCUCGCCCUCGCCGGCCUCCGCCAGGCGCCGCCGCGUGCUCCGCCGCGGGAGCCCCGGGAGGAUCAAGUCGCUCGCCGCAACGUUCGACACCUCCCUCCGCGGCUGCCGCCGCCGCCUCCUCAAGCUCUUCGCCCGCCUCGCCGUCCUCGGCUCCCCCACCAAGCGCCGCGCCGCCGCCGCCGGCUUCCGCCGCCUCCGCUCCCCGCCGCGGUCGCCGUCUCCUCCAACGCCCAAGCCGAAUCAGGUAGCGGCCGUCUCGCCGCAGCUCCCGCUCCCGCUCCCGCCGGUGUCGCCGGGGAGGAGGACGCUGUUCCUGGACCUCGACGAGACGCUCAUCCACUCCCAGACCGACCCGGCGGCGCGGGCGCGGCACGACUUCGCCGUGCGCCCCGUCAUCGCGGGCCAGGCGGUCACCUUCUACGUCGUCAAGCGCCCCGGGGUCGACGCGUUCCUCGCCGCGGCGGCGGCCGCGUUCGAGCUCGUCGUCUUCACCGCGGGCCUCCCCGAGUACGCCUCCCUCGUCCUCGACCGCCUCGACCCGCGCGGCGCGCUCUUCGCCCACCGCCUCUACCGCGGCGCCUGCCGCGACGCCGGAGACGGGAGGCUCGUCAAGGACCUCGCCGCCACGGGCAGGGACCUCCGCCGCGCCGUCAUCGUCGACGACAACCCCAACGCCUACUCGCUCCAGCCCGACAACGCCGUGCCCGUGGCGCCGUUCAUCGACGACGCCGACGACCACGAGCUGGAGAGGGUGAUGGGGAUCCUGUCCAUCGCCGCCGAGUUCGACGACGUCCGCGACGCCAUCAAGCGCUACAAGGAAAUCGUCGAGGCGAGCUGAAGAAGAAGAAGAAGGUGUGGCUACUAGCCUACUACUAAAUAUUAGCUUCUUAAAUCAGUUUCAUGGCAGAAAUUUUCCCCCUUUCUUGUAAGAUCCUUGAAUUGGUUAGGGAUUUGGGAUUCAUAUAGUGGUGGCUACCUGAACCUUUCAGGAUCUUCCUGAAAGGCAGAUUGUGGGAAUGGAUUAUGUGGUUCAGAAGCUUCAGCACAAACUGAAACUGGAAUUGGGAAAUUCUAGAAUGCUGAGAAUGUUAUGAAAUUGGAGAACAAAUUUUGUUUUCUACUCAUGUGCAUCUGAUUUCAGUAAA